AUGCCUAAACGGCUACUCCAAUAUGCGCUCUCGAGGUUAGAGAUUCUUGAUACUGAUGCCUUGGAUUUGGAGAACUUGGAUAUCGCGUGGGGAAAGAAUAGCACAUUUGAGUUUAAGGAUGUUGGCUUAAGGUUAAAGAAACUCGAGACAUUACUGCAACUCCCAUCUACGAUCGCAUUGAGUAAAGCUAAAGUACUACUGCUGCGACUUACGAUACCGGUGGAUGUAUAUAGUAGCCCGAUAUUGGUGGAGGUUGAUGGGGUGGAUGUGCAGUUGAGGGUAAAGGAGGAGAAGGGCGCAAACAGUUCGAGGACGAAUCAUGAUCGGUUACGGAAGAAGUCUACAUCCAGGAGCCCAGGCCCAGAUCCUGCACUUCCAACGGCAGAGGAUCUCGCGGCAUCAUUCCUACAAACAGAGCCGAGAGAGGAGAAGGCAGAGUUGGAGGCCGCAAUCCUUGGGGAGACGCAGGAUAUAUCAGAGUCUAUUACAUCUAGUGAAGAUGGAGAUUUGGAAGUACCUGUUGGGACUGGAACAGCUCUAUCUUUACCGGCAUUCAUGGCUAGAUUCUUGCAGGGGAUUGUAGAUAGGUUACAGGUACGGGUGCAUGGGAUUACCUUCAAUGUGGAUGUUGAUAUUCCCGCGGAAGGACCAACGCCAAAUCGUACCACGGACCCUGUUACAGUGCAAUUAAAGAUUGAUGAUGUAGAUAUCGAGGGCGUCACACACGAUAUUGAGUCUGCUCAAACAAGAGGCGGGAAGGACAUUACGUCGUUGUUCAAAGAGGGAAAGAAACUUAUUUGUCUAAGCAAUAUUCGAGGAGCCUUGAUUACGGAAGCUAAUCUAUUUCAAACUCUGUCCCGGUCAUCUUCAAUUUUGUCGCCAGCAGUCCCACACUCAGAUAUAUCCGAGUCUAGGCGAACCACCGAAAUGAGACGAUCAUCAGAAGAGACACAAGCCAUGUCUGUUGGAAGUGUGCGUGCAUUUGAUGGAGUAGCUUCGCCUAGCCCCCGUCCAUCGCCUGCUUCAUCCCUACGAGCUUCUGAGACCUCAUUACCGGAAAUACGACGUCCGUCAACACCUCCACGGCCUCUGAAGAUUUCACCGUCGUUAAAGGCUUCAAUUGCUGCUAGUGAUGGUGGACGAUUUGAUGAUGCAUCGGAAGAUGGACACUCCAAUCGUUCCGUUAGUGUGCAUGAGGAUAUCGACAGUAGUGAGAUGGGAGAUAGCAUUCUUCAUAAUUCUGCAUAUCUUGACCAAAUUACCGAAUCUCAGCUUUUGGAUGAUCACGAGGGAGACGAUAUGAGAUCCUCACCAUCCCAGUACGAACAGGAGAGGCAUAGUGCACCUAGCGAAAACUCGCGCACCUCAACGCCUAGAGCCUCAACUCAUAUUUCCCCAUCUUCUAGUCGGACUCUUGGAUUCAAUCAAUUCCCUAGCAUCAAUAGAGCCCAUAACAUGUUGCAAUCUACCAUGCUACCACCUAGGCCCCACACCAGAUUCUCUUUGGAACGAGUUUCUCACUCACAACCCACACUCCCAUCCAGUACUGCACCACUUGAUCGAAGUUAUCCUGUUCAACAACCGGAGUCUCCUUUGGAGGUUGAUGCGAUGAGUGAGGCUGAUAGCUCAGUAAGCUCAACUCUCAACGAGGAGGCGGGUGAUGACCUUGCGCAGUCUCAGUUGUUUAGCCACGAAGACGCGGAGAGUAUGUAUAUGAGUGCCGUGUCAUAUACUUCCGCUGCCCCAAUUCCUGGUGGCUGGGCAGAUUCCGGUACAGAGAGCGAAGAUGCUAAAUCUCCUCCAGCUACUCCAAGAGGUCCUGAUGCUGGGAGGGAAAAGCUCGAUAAUCUUGAGAAUGCUCGUCAUGCUGUUCCUCUAGAUGGAGCUUCCGACACAACACCACUUGAGCAAUCUACAAUUCUUCCAUCGGGAUCACUACACAAGUCAGCUAGGAGCAUUAGUUCUAUGCAUCCGGAAACACCGCGUCGAUCCCCGCCAUUGUAUCAAGCCUCAAGUGAUAUUUCUGUGGAAUCGACUGCUUCUGCUGAUGACUAUAGCCGAAUGACGAAGCAGAUUUUCAGCCUCGACCAGAUCGCUAUCUAUAUACCAGCGAUGAACAAUCCUUCUUCUGAUCCGGUGGAUGCUGUUGCUGAAUCUGCAUUGUUUGGUAGUACUUUCGAUGGCCACAGUGACUCAUCGCGCUCAAGAACAAUGGAUCUUCCUGGGGCUUUUUCCACGCAUUUACCAAGGGAACAGCCUUCGCGGCCAUCACCCAGACCAGCACUCCGGACUCCAGUACAACCAGCGAAGAAGAUUGAAGAGGAAAAAUUGAUUGAAGUUGAUGUGGGGAACUUGCUGGCUCGAUUUGACGUAUCUGUAGGCAGACUAAUCUACAAGCUUGUUUGUCAGAUCCAAGAAUCUAUGAAACAAGAGCCACAAGCCGUCGCGUCAAGUAAACCUACAUCCAGCUCUACCGAACCACAUCUAAAGAUCAGUGCCAAAGAGAUUUCACUUAGGUUUCUAGAACAACUCCAGGGAACUUUAGGCUCUCGGGCUGCAGAAUCACAAGCAAAGACAUUAGAUUCAGAUGUCCUUCUCAGGACUACAUUAAAGGGACUUGAUGUAUCCCGCAAGCCCUCAGAUUCUAUAACUAAGACUAGCAUAACACUCCAGAAAUUCCUCUUCGGCUAUGCUCAAGAAAACAUUAUUUCUUUUAACGCUAAUCUGCAAAUGAGAGCUUCGGUUCGUGACCUUGCUGCUUCUGCUGGCAUCGAUGUUUCUGUCGAUAUGUAUCAAAGCUCUGAUGGCACUCGAUUUGAAGUACAGACAUUACCACUACACGUGGCGGUGGACCUACAGCGACUAGAUGAAACGUUUAGUUGGUUCGGAGGAUUGAGUAGCGUUCUCAAUCUCGGUAGCUCUAUGGCUUCAAAUGCGACCGUCACUUCUAACCCCGUACCUAAGCCGAAGUCAAGAGGCGUAAGAUUCAAUACGCCCAUAGGACCCGAUGACAAGACAGCGGCCGCACAGAAUAAAGCAGAUGUGAGAAUUGGAGGAUUUAUCCUUGACUUGGUGGGCACUGAAUGCAGUGUUGGGGUUGAGACUUCUGCUGUUAAACUAGUCAGUCGUGAGGAAGGAAUUGGAGUCGCGAUCAACAAGAUUAGGUUGUCCGGGCCACAUCUCAAGCAUUCAAAUGAAGACCCUGCCAUUCUGGUUGAUGUCUCUUCAACACGAGUUGAACUUUUGAAUGCACCGAAGGACAAUGACAUAGAUCGCUUACUAGCUUUGAUCGCGCCGUCAAAAUCAAAGUACGAUCAAGAUGAUGAUAUUCUCCUUGAUACCCUUCUUCGUCAACGACAACAAGGAUCUGUAUUACGACUCACUAUGGAUGAUCUUCAAGUCAAAAUGGGUAACCUGCAAGAGUUAAGCUAUCUUCCAGACUUGGGUGAAGAAGUCGCAAGAUUAUCGACCGUCACCAAGUAUCUACCUGAUGACGAUCGGCCGGGUCUGUUGUCGUUGGUAUCGGUCAAGAAACUUGGGGUUAAUGUUGAUGUAAACAACACCUUGGGCAGUCUUCAGCUCAAAGCUACCGAUUUGGAAGUGGCACAAAUUCCUAUACCUUCGCUAGUAGCUUUUAGUGUCGCCACGGUCUCUGCUUAUCGAAACUAUUCUGAAGAGCUGAUUGGUGCAGGCACGGAUCAAACGUUUAUGGAGCCAUCGUUACGAACACCAACUAUAAUGGCUAGACUAAUCGGCGACGAGAUGGAGCCCAUCGUAAGGAUCAAGCUAUGGAAUCUGAGGAUUGAAUACCGCGUACCGACGCUAAUGGUACUGCUCGGGUUAGCUGACAAUGCAACCGAGAAUGACAUGUCAGCUAGUAUUAUGGCUUCGGUCGCUACUUUGAGGGAUUUGGCACAACCCCGAACUUCAAAGGGCAAGGGAAAGAGCGUUGAGAAGGCCUCCGCAUCUAGUAACAGCGCUGCAAAGCCUAUGACAAUUGAUGUUGUUCUUACAGACUGCAUCGUAGGUCUAAAUCCUCUCGGCUUGCCUUCGAAAAUUCUUGUCGUAUUGACUGAAGCGCACGUGGCUGCAGUUUUGCCAAAGGAUCAGAAUGCAAGUGCUACUGCUGAGCUGAGCAAGGCUUCGCUCCUAGUCAUUGAUAACGUUGCACAUCUAGCGACCAACGUGCCAUCAAACCGUAAAAGGAAUUCUUUUGAUGGGGGCAGCAAUCAAGUCGCAGAUCUUACUACAAUGGGUUAUGUGUCGGUCAGCUACAUUUCAUCUGCGAAGGCUACCGUUCUCCUUUCCGUCGACGAUGAUGGACAGAAUUGUCUUGAUGUUGAGCUACGAGACGAUCUUUUCGUUCUUGAAUCAUGCGCCGACUCGACUCAAACAUUGAUUGGUGUGCUUGGUAAAUUAGCUCCUCCGGCACCACCUCCGAGCAAGGAAAGCAAGUACCGCACAAAAGUCAUACCAGUUAAGGAUCUAUUGGCUUCUUUAUCUGGUGAUGCUUUUGGAACUGCUGAGGGUAACUAUGACUUCGACAACGACUUUGGCGAUUUCGGAGAUGUAGCAGAAGAGCAUGAGGGCGAUCUUGGUUUUGACUCAGAUUACUACAAGGAUGAAACCGAAGAGGGCUAUAGACAAGCUGUGCUUGAAGAUAUUGGCGAGCCAUUGGCAUCCCUGAACCUAACCACACGAGACACUCGGGAUGGUGUCCUACUAGAUAGCUUUGUUGAAGAUUCAGAAAUUGGGAAUGAAGCUUUGUCGUUCCACGAGGAUCAUUUUGGGACAGGCUCUGUACUGGAAGGGUCGGCUCAUAGGUGGAAUUCGGCUAAAAAUACCUAUGACACGUCCAACGAGAGCAAGGUCAAGAAGAGUCCUCUAAAGGUGUGCGUUCGAGAUGUGCACAUUAUCUGGAACCUAUUCGAUGGUUAUGACUGGCAAGCUACCAGGGAUGCAAUUUCCAAGGCUGUACAGGACGUCGAAUCAAAAGCCAUCGAAAAGCGCGCACGAAACGAGAGACGACCGGCCUUUGAGCAGGAUAUUGAUGAUGAUGAAGACACGGAGAUUGGUGACUUUCUCUUCAACUCUAUAUGGGUUGGUAUCCCUAACAACCGCGAUCCCCGAGAACUCGCUGCAGCUAUUAAUCAAGAGCUGAAUGAUAAUGCGACCGAGACGGAGUCAAUAGCCACGACAAAUUAUACAAUCACUCCAAGCAGACAAGGAACUGGUCGUAAACCUAAGAAGCUUCGACUCAACCGAAGUAAACACCACAAGAUUACUUUCGAACUAAGAGGAGUAUGUGUCGACCUUGUGGCUUUCCCACCAUUUAGUGGCGAAACCCAAAGUUCUAUUGAUGUUCGUGUGCUUGAUCUCGAGGUUUUUGAUCAUGUUCCUACUUCAACAUGGAGAAAAUUUGCUACUUACAUGCAAGAUGCAGGUGAGAGGGAGAAGGGGUCAAAUAUGGUUCACAUCGAGAUCUUGAAUGUCAAACCAGUAUCCUAUCUUGCGGCAUCCGAGAUUGUAUUGAAGGUUACUAUCUUGCCGCUACGUCUACAUGUUGACCAAGAUGCCCUUGAUUUCAUCACGCGGUUCUUCGAGUUCAAAGAGGAGUCGGAUGUAAUACCAGGAGCACCAAGCGAGGAACCAUUCUUGCAACGAGUCGAAGUUAAUUCUGUACAAGUCAAACUUGAUUUCAAACCAAAACGUGUGGAUUAUGCAGGUCUUCGUUCAGGCCAUACGACCGAGUUUAUGAACUUCCUCAUUCUUGAUGAAGCCGAUAUGACCCUCAGACAUACUAUUAUCUAUGGCAUAUCUGGAUUUGAAAAGAUGGGCAAAUGCCUCAAUGAUAUCUGGAUGCCAGAUAUUCAGAGAAAUCAACUACCUGGUAUCUUGGCCGGUUUAGCUCCAGUACGCUCAAUUGUCAAUGUUGGAGGUGGCUUCAAGGAUCUUGUGGUGAUACCCAUGCAUGAGUAUAAGAAGGAUGGAAGAAUCGUCCGAAGCAUUUCCAAAGGUGCUGCCGCUUUCGCCAAAACAACCGGUACCGAACUUGUCAAACUUGGUGCCAAGGUUGCUAUUGGUGUACAGACUGUUCUUCAAGGCGCAGAAGAUUUCCUCGGCCCUCAAGAUGCCUCUAUCCCUCACGGUAACUCUAGUGAAGAUGAAGAAGAACGCAAACAAAUCUCUCUUUACGCUAAUCAGCCAGUAGGAGUAUUCCAAGGCCUCAAGGGUGGCUACGCAGGGCUACAGCGUGAUUUGGUCAUGGCCCGUGAUGCCAUCAUUGCAGUUCCUGGGGAAGUCAUGGAAGGAGGUAGUGCCAAAGGGGUCUUGAGGGCAGUGAGGAAGCAUGCUCCUACUGUGAUAUUAAGGCCUGCAAUUGGGGUUGCAAAAGGAGCUGGUCAGGUAUUGAUGGGGGCUACGAACAGUUUGGAUAAGAGAAAUCUGGAAAGAGCUGAUGCUAAAUACAAAAAGCAUUGA